AUGCUACUCCUCGAGCUCCCGCCAGAGGUAUUCGACAACGUCACUCACGAACUUGUUUCCGUCGUUGGUAUCAACGCGGCCUGGAAGUUCCGCGAAGUCUGUCGUACCUUCAAGGAUUCCAUAAUUUACGAAAUCUUCGCCAAGCAGCCUGUUGUCGCUUUGACUGGACCUGGAGCGCGCAUAUUCGAUAACAAUUCUGGACUCUAUCUUUACUAUAGGAGUAAGGCACUUCUGGAUGCGGAUUCUUAUCUACCAAACGUGGUCAGCGACAUGGUGAAUUCUCUUGCCGAAGAUCUGCAUAUCAAUUCAACAAACGAGAAGGACACCCUGCGACAAGGGCUUUGCGACAACCUUCAUUGGUUCUGCUCGUCUUCCAAGAUUCUGUCAAUAUUGAGACGCGGGACCAGCGCAGUACUGGCCUACCCAAACAUCACCAAAAUACCUUUAUUCGGGGUUUUCGAGAAGCUGGUCGCUGCCCUCUGUCUCGAACUUCAUCCUCUCGUACCGACCUUGAUACAAGAGCUCACAGACUUUGCCGUCCACCCUAUCUUUGGUGCACCUCUACACGCUGCAACAAUUUUGGGUCACGAAGCCGCUGUAGAGGCCAUACUAGGGGGGCUUUCAACAGCUAUGGGCGAAGAAGAUGAAACCACACGCGCACGAUCUGCUGUCUUGGUUUCCAGCAACGGAGGCUUUUCGAUUACAGAGGCAGUACACGGCGCCAUACGCCAAGAUGACGAGAUUCUGUUGAGCAUCCUCGUCGAAUGGUACACGGGCCGGGGAUUUACUUUCUCCAAAGCUAUCUACAACAUGUUUCUGGACACUGCCUUCGUGCAUUGCAGUGUCGAAACCGUGCGAAGCAUCCUCGAAAUUCCGUACGAUAAGCAAGGUUCCCCAAGAAAGAUCACCUGGCAUUACUUUCAGAAGGCUUGUUCCGAUGAUCGUGAUGAUGUGGUACAGCUUUUCCUGGAUGAUGGCUACAUUGAUGCCAACGACCACAAAUUCGCAACAUCACCACUGGUCGAAGCAGUAUAUGGGGAUAACGUCCGUCUCGUUCAAGCUUUGGUAAAUGCUGGUGCAGACGUCCAACAAGAGCUUUUUUUGCGCGGGAAGAAGGUCAUGCCUAUCAUGAUCACGAUCAAGAGGGAGAACUACUCAGUCGUUCGCUAUCUGUUGAAGGUGGGUUCACCACUGCCCCAGUGGAAGUACAGUAUUUGCUAUGAGAUUCUGCGAGAGGCCAAGAUGAAAGCAGGCGGUGGGAAUGACCUUCCGGAGGAGUUUGCGCAAUUCCGCAAGUUGUCACGCAAAGAGAAGGAGAAGCUCUGA